UCCCGGUCGCCAUGCUGAAGUGCGAGAUGACGGGCGGCCAGGUGAAAGUAUUUGGGAAAGCAGUACAGACCUUAUCACGAGUGAGUGAUGACCUGUGGCUAGACCCAUCUGAAAAAGGUCUUGCUCUGAGAUCUGUGAAUUCCUCUCACUCAACAUAUGGCUGCGUCCUGUUCUCGACUUUGUUUUUUCAACAUUAUCAGUGGUCACCCUCAGCCACGAUGAGUGAUAUUGGCAUACCCAUGAAUUUAAAUUGCAAAUUGGCAAUAAAGUCAAUUCUGCCGAUCUUUAGGUGUCUGAAUUACCUUGAAAGGAGUGUGGAGAAGUGCAGAGUGGUCGCCAGGUCGGAUAAAUGCAGAGUUGUCCUUCAGUUCUUCUGCAGGCACGGUAUUAAAAGAACGCACAAUGUGUAUUUCCAAGACAGCCAGCCCCUGAAAAUUCUCUUUGAAAAGAGCAUGUGUGCCAAUAUCCUGAUGAUUAGACCAAGAUUGCUGGCUGAGGCCAUUGUUCUUCUAACGUCAAAUCAAGAGGAGGUCACCUUUUCUGUCACUCCCGGGAAUUUCUGCCUUAAGAGUUCGAGUGGGGGAUCCCUGGAUUUAAGCAGUUCUGUGCACAGUGAAAUGUCUCUCGGCCCAGAAGAAUUUGACUUCUUUCAAGUUGGACUUGAUACCGAAAUAACAUUUUGCUCUAAAGAACUAAAGGGGAUCCUCACCUUCUCCGAAGUGGUGCGCACGCCCAUAGCCAUCUACUUUGACUUUCCUGGGAAACCGGUUGUUUUGAGUGUUGACGACAUGCUCUUGGAGGCGAACUUUAUCUUGGCCACGUUAGCGGAUCAGCCAAGCAGAGUGUCUUCACCACAGUCACUGUGUCUAUCCCAGGCACAGAGAAGGCUGGACCCCACACAGUCAAAUACCCAAGUGUGUCCAAGCCAAGCCAGCCAGGCCCCAGAGAGCAUCUCGAGAGCAGCACCCAAAAGGCUGUUUGCCAAGGAGCCUCCGGACAGCAGCUCGGCAACAGAGACCAAGAGAGCCAGUGCCAACCAGGACGACAUCUCUGAAGUGCCUGAAAGUGUCAUCAGUGACGCGGAGGAAGGGCCAAGCCCUUCACACCUCAGGAAGUUUUCCUCCAUGUUCUUUGGAGCAGUUUCUUCUGAGCAGCAAGAACACGCCGGCCACCCUUUGGACAGCCUGGCAAUAGCAAGUGACAGUGAAGAGGACGUGAGAGAUGAGUGUCCAUAGCCUGAUGCUCAGAGAUAGCUGCACUGGGUGCUGAGCCCUGGCCCCUUGAAGGCCAAGGGAGAAUGGAGCAGACACUACAAAUCCAUUGUGCCACAUGGGGACAGAGUUAGGCACAGGAAUGAACAUAUCAAGGUUCUUUGUUUUGGAGACAGGGUUUCUCCGUGUA